GAAGAACUCAAAAGGCUCCAGCACACCUUGGAACAGGUCAAUGAUGGCAAAGACUUGCUGCAAAGCCAUCAGCUUGCCAUGGAUGAAGAAAAUAAUAUCGAAAAAUAUCAUAUCAACUUACAGCCCUUGGAAUCUAAAGUGAAAAUUAUCCAGCGAGCAUGGCGUGAGUACGCCCAGCGCCAGGACCUGCCACCCCAGGAGCAGCUGGAGAAGCGCAGUCCCUCCCCGCCAUCCCUCUCCUCCGACAAGAUGAGCAGGUCCAUCAGCAUGAACACCUUUUCCGACAGCAGCACACCGGUGAGUACAGCGCUUGGGCCCGUUUUCAUAUUUGUUGCUUCUCGUUGGGUUCCCUUCUAG